AUGGGUCUCGCCUUUUCUAAGAUUUUCGACAAGCUGUGGGGGAAGAAGGAGAUGAGAAUUCUCAUGGUCGGUCUCGAUGCCGCCGGUAAAACCACCAUUCUGUACAAGCUGAAGCUUGGUGAAAUCGUCACCACCAUCCCCACUAUUGGCUUCAACGUCGAGACUGUUGAGUACAAGAACAUCCAGUUCACCGUGUGGGAUGUCGGUGGUCAGGACAAGAUCCGUCCUCUGUGGAGACACUACUUCCAGAACACCCAGGGCAUCAUCUUCGUCGUGGACAGCAACGAUCGGGAUCGUAUCGUCGAGGCCCGAGAGGAACUUCAGCGUAUGCUGAACGAGGAUGAGCUGCGAGAUGCCAUCCUGCUCGUCUUCGCCAACAAGCAGGAUCUGCCCAACGCCAUGAACGCUGCCGAGAUCACCGACAAGCUCGGCCUUCACAGCCUGAGACAACGCGCCUGGUACAUCCAGUCGACUUGUGCCACAUCCGGAGAUGGUCUGUACGAGGGUCUCGAAUGGCUCGCCACCACUCUCCGAAAGGCUGGUCACCAGUAA